AAGGGAGGAUGGAAUUUCUUGGUUGACCACACUUGGUUGUUGAAACAGAGUGGGGGUAGGUGCCCAGGGUUGAGUCCUGGGGCACCCGGCCAGGGUCGGGCUGGUUGGGAGGACUAGUCUGUGGUGGCUCUUGGAGUUCAACUCUCAGGCCACAGGCUCAUGGGUCAAAUGUGACUCAAGAAACAGGGUGAGCCUCAGGUGCCCCUGAGGCUCCAGGAAGGCCGAGCAGGUGCGGUGGACAUGAACUCCAUUCACUGGGACACUCCAUUCACCGGGACAGCCUCGCCUUCGGUGUCCCAAGCGACUGAGGGAUCACCCUGCAGGGAGCCAUGGGAGGAGGAACGCCAGCUGGAAACAUCAUUUGGGAUUUGACAGCACAAGACAGUGAAUUUCAUUAGUUUUGAGAGCUCUCCACCUGGCAUACAGAUGUAUAUAAAUGCCAAGCAAAUGAGGGUGCCAAGUGGAGUGGCUGGGGGCUUGGGAGAGAAGCAAGCCAGGAGGUGUCAAGGCAUGACCUUUGUAGUGCUGGGCCCAGGGGCCCCUGAAUGUCCCAGCAGGCUUGGGGGCACAUGCAGAUAUGAUGCAAAUGAACACCCAAUCCCCCGGACCUUGCCUAUCCAACUGGCCAAGAGACAAAGGAAGAUUCUAGACCCCAAGGCAGUGCUGCUUCCACAGAGGCCAAAGAGAGGACGAAAGCAGAGCAGCGCUGGUUCCUUACUAGCCCCAAGUUGACAUCACCCUUUAAGGAUACUCGUGGCCCUGGCCCUUGCCUGGCGCCUGUGGGUUCUCGUGCCUUGCCGCGGAGAGACGGGAGUGAGCCCAGCUGGCGCUGCAGGUGCUCACCUGUCUGGAGUGGGCACUAUCUCUGACCCACUUCCUGGUCCCUCCCGUCUUUUUCCUGCCUCCCCACUCAGACUGGACACCUGAUAGGCUGCCAAGGUCAGCUGAGGGUCCUGCAAGGCUGCUGUUCUCCUGUGCAGUCCACCCCAGUGCAGGCGGGCAGCCCGCCUCCCUCACUGCACACACGCUUUCUCCUUUCGUCGUCCCUGCAGCCCUGUGAGGCAGAUGGCGUUAGCACUCCUGGUUUCACAGAAGAAACUGAGGCUCAGAGAGAACUAGUGGUGUCCCAUCCAACAUAGGGUGGAUGCAGUGACUGCUAUGGAUGAGGAUCAAUUCCCAUCUGCACUGCCCGAGGAAAGCGGUGCCACCUGGGACCCCAGCCUGGAGCCUGUGGAGGAACCUGGGGUCCAGAAUGGAGCGGCGCCCAAAGAGGACCUGAGUAGUAGCCACAGCAGCCUGGGCUAUGAGGCACAGAGCACCCGGGGGGAGACUGAGGAGCCCCCAAGGGGCCUGGAUAUGGCCCUCCAUGGCCUCAGCCUUGGCCUCUCCCUCAUCAACGGCCUAGCCCUCGGGGCAGAUUCAAAUAUUCUGGAAAAUUCAACAGAGCCCAGGCCCUGGAGGGCUGGUGGAUUGGCAGAGGGGGAUGAUACCUUCAAGGGCCACUGUCCAGACACUGAGGACGCUCAACUGGGGCUGGGUGGCCCUGGAGAGCCGGAUGUGCGAGACGGCUUCAGUGCCACAUUCGAGAAGAUUGUGGAGUCGGAGCUGCUGCAGGGCACCCAGUACAGCAGCCUCGACUCCCUGGAUGUGCUGAGCCUCACAGAUGAGAGUGACAGCUGUGUCAGCUUCGAGGCCCCCCUCACGCCCCUCAUUCAGCAGCGGGCGCGUGAUAGCCCUGAGCCAGGUGCUGGCUUAGGUAUGGGGGACCUGGGGUCUGAGGGGGACGUGGGAGCAGCUGGUGGCGAUGGGGAGCUGGGCAGCCCCCUGCGGCGCUCCAUCUCCAGCAGCCGCUCAGAGAACGUCCUGAGUCGCCUGUCUCUCACGUCCAUGCCCAACGGCUUCCACGGAGAUGGACUCCGGGGCCCAGGCGGGGACGAGGAGGAUGAUGAGGACACGGACAAGUUGCUGAACUCGGGCAGUGACCCCAGCCUGAAGGACGGCCUGUUGGACUCAGACUCGGAGCUGAGCAGCUCGGAGGGGCUGGAGCCUGGCGGCACAGACCCAUUGGCCAAUGGCUGCCAGGGGGUCAGUGAAGCUGCCCGCCGGCUGGCCCGCCGCCUCUACCACCUCGAGGGCUUCCAGCGCUGCGAUGUUGCCCGGCAGCUGGGCAAGAACAAUGAAUUCAGCAGGCUGGUGGCCGGGGAGUACCUCAGCUUCUUCGACUUCUCAGGCCUGACUCUGGACCGUGCACUCAGAACCUUCCUAAAGGCCUUCCCAUUGAUGGGGGAGACACAGGAGCGCGAGCGGGUUCUCACACACUUCUCCCGCCGGUACUGCCAGUGCAACCCUGAUGACAGCACCUCGGAAGAUGGGAUCCACACUCUCACCUGUGCCCUGAUGCUGCUUAACACAGAUCUGCACGGACACAACAUUGGCAAGAAGAUGUCCUGCCAGCAGUUCAUUGCCAACUUGGACCAGCUGAAUGACGGCCAAGACUUUGCCAAAGACCUGCUGAAGGCCCUUUACCACUCCAUCAAGAAUGAAAAGCUGGAAUGGGCCAUUGAUGAGGACGAGUUGAGGAAAUCCCUGUCUGAGCUGGUGGAUGACAAGUUUGGAACAGGCACAAAGAAGGUGACUCGGAUCCUGGAUGGUGGCAACCCCUUCCUGGAUAUCCCACAGGCGCUCAGUGCUACCACCUACAAGCACGGUGUGCUGACCCGGAAGACUCACGCCGACAUGGAUGGCAAGAGGACGCCCCGUGGGAGGCGUGGCUGGAAGAAAUUCUACGCGGUGCUCAAAGGGACCAUCCUGUACCUGCAGAAGGACGAGUACAGGCCUGACAAAGCUCUGUCCGAGGGCGACCUGAAGAACGCCAUCCGCGUGCACCACGCGCUGGCCACCAGGGCCUCCGACUACAGCAAGAAGUCCAACGUGCUCAAGCUGAAGACAGCCGACUGGAGGGUCUUCCUCUUCCAGGCACCGAGCAAGGAAGAAAUGUUGUCCUGGAUCCUGAGGAUCAACCUGGUGGCCGCCAUUUUCUCAGCCCCCGCCUUCCCGGCCGCGGUCAGCUCCAUGAAGAAAUUUUGCCGGCCCUUGCUGCCCUCCUGCACCACGCGCCUCUGCCAGGAGGAGCAGCUGCGUUCCCACGAGAAUAAGUUGAGGCAGGUGACGGCGGAGCUGGCCGAGCACCGGCGUCACCCGGUUGAGAGGGGCAGCAAGUCCAAGGAGGCCGAGGAGAGCCGGCUGAAGGAGCACUAUCUCACGUUUGAGAAAAGCCGUUACGAGACCUACAUCCACCUCCUGGCUGUGAAAAUCAAAGUGGGCUCUGAUGACCUGGAGCGGAUUGAGGCCCGGCUGGCCACCCUGGAAGGGGAUGACCCUUCUCUCCGCAAGACACACUCAAGCCCUGCUCUCAGCCAGGGCCACGGGACUGUGACCGGCAGCAAAACCGCAAAGAGUGCCAGUGGGCCUGAAACUUAGCCGGCAGGAUGGGAAGGCCCAGAGGCCAGCAAAUGCCCCCAGAGGGGCCAGUGAGCACAAUUCUAGCCAGGGGGCCACCGAGACCAGCCCCAGGCAGUUGAUGGGCAGCCGGCGGCGUGCAGAGAGCCCCACAGACCGAGGAGAUGGAGAUAUACUAUUUAGGGCAUUGAUCUUCUUACAUCCUGGGCUUCUCCGGGCAUGGGGCCUUCUCCUGGCCCUGGCAUCCCUGCCCACUGUGGAGCCUAAUUUUGUAGGCCUGUUUUGUGCAUGCUCUAGACACCAUGUCACUCAUGUCACCAGAGGAGCGGGAAGAGCUGUUGAUUUGGCAGGGCCCCCUCUUCUCACAACGUCCUCUCCCCACCCCCCUUGUUUCUGAGGGCAGGUCAUCCCAGGUUUCGGCUUGGACCCUACCCCUUCUCCUCCUCCCUCUGAGUUGACCAGCAGCGGUUCUGCAGACCACCAGCACCGUCCUCCUCCCUCCAGCAGCCUCUGGAACGUCCUGCGCUCCUGCCUCACGUCACAAUAAGGCAGGACCUGGGUCUGCUCCCUCAGUGCCAAGUGGUCUGCACAUACGUGUGUGCCCACCUCACCUUCAUCCAUUGAGGUCACCACUGUUUUCUUUUAUACGGACAUAAAUGUAUAUGUAUAAGAAUUAUAUGUAUAAGGAGCCACUUUAAAGAUGGCUUUGGAACUGCUAUCAGCGGAUGAGACGAAGGAAAGGCCUGUCUCAGAACUCCGCCCGUUACCGAGAGGCUGCUCUGUUCCAUGGCGGCCCGAACCCUGGGAGCCCAGGUGGAGAGAGUGCUCACCUGCUCCCCCCCCAGUUUCCCCUCUUGCGACUGACCUGUGACUUACUCUGCUGUUCUAGUCGAUGCUUUGAAAUAGACAUUGUGUGUCCUGUGCCAGCUGUCUGUCCCGCAGGCAUCCCAGCGUGAGUGGAAUGGAACCAUGGCCCUGUUUAUAAUCUUCUGGUCUUUGUGUUGGUGCUGCCGGGUCUCUGAGUGCUGGACGUGGCGCUUGUGCAGCUCGGCCGCAGGAGUAAAAGACGCUCUACCUUGCUUCGCAACAAGCCCCAGGACCUGUGGCGGGGGAGGCUGUGGAAGGCAUCAACUCUUGCUCUCGGGAAAAGGUGGAAUGACAAGUGGCUGAUUGUUUUCUAGGCCGAUGUUUCUUUCACUCUUCUAGUGACUCAGAACACUAGCGAAGGACAUGUCUGGGAAGAAGAGCAAUUUGUCGCGUGUGACCACAGACUAGUUUCCUUAAACUCUGCAUUCCUCAGACUGACAAGCGAGGCGGGGCGAUGGGACCCUCAGCGCAGCUAUGAGGAGCAAAUGAUAUUUUUUAAACACAUUGCUGUAGUUUGGCCAGCAGUUUGACCUCCAUGGUGAUAUAUUUAGUUUAUAAGAUAAGCCACCCUUGCAAGUAAAUACCCAACAUUUACAAGCCCGCUCACACUGGCUGCAAGGGGACGUGUGGGUCUAUGGAGAGAUGUAGUGAGUUAAAUCCAGAUGAUUGAAUUUGGAUCCGUUUAAGUGUAUUUUAUAACCAAACCAUCUGGCCCCUUUGUUUCGCUGAAGGGAAGUAAGUGUUCUUUUAAAUGAAAUGGGAAGAGCAACGCGGCAACCUGAAAGAGCUCUCUGUGUUUUCUCCACGGCUACCUCAAAGGUCCCUUGAUUUUUGGGGUCAGCUCCCAUCCUCCACCGCGUGCCGGCGAGUGAGCGACCCGGAGCAGCGAGCUCUGUCCGCCGCAGACAGAUGUGCUUCCCUAAGCACAAGUUGUGCCUCCCAGCAGUGAAAAAAUUUUUAGUUCACUUUCUUAAUUGUAUAAUUAUUUAUUGUAAAUUAUAUACAUGUACUACUGUACUAAAAUAUUAUGUACAUUAUAAAACAUACACAAAAAUAGAAAUUUAAAAAAGAUGAGAUGAAAAUAAAUCUAAAUC